CGUUACAAUAAAAAUGCAAAUGAGAACAAAAAUAGCUAGCAAUGCAAAAGUAAAGACAAAAAAUAGAACAAACAGGGCAAACAAAACAAAUGGUUAAAACAGUAUAAAUUAUAAAGCUGUCCUGUACCUUUACAGUAUAUUAAAGUGCAAAAAUGCAAUGCAUUUGGAUCUGAAUUCACUGUGACUGGCUAGGGAUAAAACGGCCGCUAAAGGACUGACAAGGUAUGUUUCUGGUGCCGCUGUGGUCACUCUGUUGACAGGGUUUGAUCAGACGUCCUGGAGAUCCAGAAGCUUCUAUUCAACAAGGAAGAGUGCAAGAGCAUGAUGGAAAAGAUAAAGUAUAGAGAGAGAAAUGAAAAACAGAAAUAAGCGUAUGAAAAGGGAUCGCAGUCGACGAAACAGUAAACAAAGUACAACUGCUCUAGGAAUGAGAUGUAAUGUUACCACUACUACUGCAACUGUUACUAGAAAGUAAUACUGCUGCACUUUAAGUAAACAGCAAUGCCAAAGGAAAUCAGUGCUGAAUCCGUGCACAUGAGAAAUUGUGUUUUAAAUCAGUGUUCGUGAGGGAGAAUUUAAACAGGGCAUCAUUGCACAUUUGAUCGCAAUGUUGUUGAUGAAUCAUUCUAAUCUUCCCUUCUUGCUUGACUAGCGUGGGCGGGGCUUGGGCUCUCCUACAUAUAUAGUUUCAGGUGGUAGAGUGAGCAUACACAAGAGACAGUACACACAAACCCUUCUUUCUUAUUACUACAAUGGGAUUCAAUAUUUGACAUCGUGAUUUUACAGCCAACUGCUAACUGCACACACAGACGCACCAAAAUGAACUGUAGCAGAGUCCUCCCCGUAUUUGGUCCUACCCCCCAACAGCCCAUGGACCUGGCCAUGCAGCUCUGCCUCUCCCAGAGCCAGCCCCUUUACCACCUGCUCACCAUGUCUACCCUCCGGCCCCUCAAAGCCCUGCGCGAGCCCUCCAAGGACCCGCAGCGGCCCGACCGGACCGGCUCUCCCUUCUCCUCCCGCUCGUCCUCCCCCAACUCCACCCCGUCCUCCUCGCCCGACUCCUCGCUGACCUCGGAGCCGCGGAGCUCCCUGAGGAGCUGCCUGCGUCGCCGCGGCGGAGGCGCCGUCCGGAAGCGGGUGAUGUUCGCCGACGCUUGGGGACUCGCCCUCGCCGAGGUGCGACUCUUUGUGCCCGAGCCCGCCCAGAACACUGUCUUUGGAACUCUGUCGAGGAGCCGCCACCAGUUCAAAAACAACCAGCUGCCCUGCUCUCCUUUGGCGGCGAAGCCUCAGGUCCCGGCGGCGAAGCCUCAGGUCCCGGCGGCGAAGCCUCAGGUCCCGGCGGCGAAGCCUCAGGUCCCGGCGGCGAAGCAACAAGUACCGGCGGCGAAGGCUCAGCUCCCGGCGCCGUCGCCCGCCCCGGGGUCCCCGCCGCUCAACGCCGCCACGGGGAAGCGCCGGCAGUACCAGCUGAAACUGGCCUCCGCGUUGCCCGCCCCGGACUACUCCUCGGGCCUGAAGGACGCCCGGGUUCAGCUGGAGAGCUGCAGCGUGACCGAACGCGGCCUGAUGGGCACGGUGCGCGUGGCGUGCAGCGGCGGCGGCGGCGAGGAGCGGGCCGUGCACGUGCGCCUGACCUUCGACUCGUGGAGGAGCCACCGGGACGUGCCCUGCACCCUGCUGCUGCAGAACUGCGGGAACACGCAGACGGACGUGUUCGCCUUCCACGGGCCGCUGCCCCGGGUGCUGCUCGACCCCCGUGAGGGAGUGGAGUUCUGCCUCUAUGUGCGGGUCCAAGGAGAGGGCGGGGCCAAGGUCUACUGGGACAACAACGCGGGGAAGAAUUACAGGGUGGUGUGCAUGGAGAGCGAGGACUCCAAGCAGAUGCACUCGCGGACUGCCAAGCCUGGCUCAGCGCUGUUGCCCACCUCGUCCUCGUCCUCGUCCUCCUCCUCGCCCACCCUUGCUAUGAAGAACUACAUCAACCACCGGUCCAGUUGGAGUGGAACUGCAGGCAAUUGGACUUCGUUCGACCGCCCUGCUUGCCACUCGCUAUAAAAAACUGUUUUUAUUUUUUGUAAGGCCCCUUGGGGUUACAUGUCGGAGGCUUUGGGUCAUUUAAAUUCAAAACGCAUAAAGUGUCAGCAAACGUGAAUGAGGUGGAACCAAAACGGAUCGGAAAAAGUUGUGAACUAUUUGCGACGCCACAAACUUUGUAGGGAUGAGUUAUUUGAAUGAAGCAUAUCACCGCAUCAACGGUCAAGAAAACGGAGUGGGCACUAACGUGGUGUGGGAAAAAGUGAAGGGAAGGAGAAAGUUAUGAUGUGACACAAACAACAUCGUAGGCGUAGUCAUUUAAAUUCAGCGUCUUAAAAUGUAAAGUGUGUGAUUCAUUUGUGAUUGGAAACAAAUUCUGGUACAUUUAAGCUGCAAACAGCUUGCAACUCUAAAAAUGAAGCAGAUGUUAUUCAAAUGCAAUGUCUUACCAUAUUAAUUGUAAACAGACAAACAGAAAUACAAGGGAAAAAAGUCCUGGAUGGAAGAUGAGUUUGCAAGUGUUUGUGGCUUUGUGAGACAGAAAUAUAUUGUUUACAAUGACGUAUAUGAUAUAGUCCACGGUACCUCUACAUAAGGUAGCUAAUUAGACAGAGACCAACUUCCUGCAAUAUGUGAACAUUUGUUGUCAUGUUUUAUAUAUGUAUUUAUAUCGAUAUAUCUAUAAUAAAUAAUUUAUUGUUCUUUAAA